GUCCCGGCGGGCGGGAGGGGGGGCGGGGCGCAGGCGCGCAGCGGCCGGCGGUGGGCGCCGGGGCGGCCCGGCUCCUGCCUUCUCCUGUGGUGGGCGCGUGGUUCCCCGCGGGACAACGGCGGCCGGCCGACGCCGAGACGCCCCUGGGGUGGCUUCAGUGUCCUGUUGCGCCGUGACAGUCCCGCCGGCCGGGUUCCUGGGGGAGACUUCGACUUGUUCGAGACCUGAUGGCCAAAAGAAAGGAAGGAAAUUUCUUUUCUCCUGAAAAUGCCAAGAGACCAAGACAAGAAGAAUUGGAUGAUUUUGAUAAAGAUGGUGACGAAGAUGAAUAUACAGUUUCUUUCACUAAUGGCACCUCUACUUUGACAGCAGCAGAAGUUGGAAUAAUUGAGAGUAUUCAGCUCAGAAACUUCAUGUGUCAUUCGAUGCUUGGACCCUUUAAAUUUGGUUCUAAUGUCAACUUCGUUGUUGGCAAUAAUGGAAGUGGGAAGAGUGCAGUACUCACAGCUCUCAUAGUUGGUCUUGGUGGAAAAGCAAUUGCUACUAAUCGAGGAUCUUCUUUAAAAGGUUUUGUGAAAGAUGGACAGAACUCAGCAGAUAUCUCAAUAACAUUAAGGAACAGAGGGGAUGAUGCCUAUAGAGCAAAUGUGUACGGUGACUCCAUAAUUGUGCAACAGCACAUCAGCAUGGAUGGAAGUCGAUCUUAUAAACUGAAAAGUGGAACAGGUGCUGUGGUUUCUACUAAGAAAGAAGAACUGAUUGGAAUUCUUGAUCAUUUUAACAUACAGGUAGAUAAUCCGGUUUCUGUUUUAACACAAGAGAUGAGCAAACAGUUCUUGCAGUCUAAAAAUGAAGGAGACAAAUACAAAUUCUUUAUGAAAGCAACCCAACUUGAACAAAUGAAGGAAGAUUAUUCAUACAUUAUGGAAACAAAAGAAAGAACAAAAGAGCAAAUAAAUCAAGGAGAAGAGCGACUUACUGAACUAAAGCGCCAGUGUUUGGAGAAAGAAGAACGUUUUCAAAGUAUUACUGGCUUAAGUGCAAUGAAGACCAAUCUAGAAUACUUGAAACAUGAAAUGGCUUGGGCAGUGGUUAAUGAAAUUGAAAAACAACUGAAUGCUAUUAGAGAUAAUAUCAAAAUUGGAGAAGAUCGUGCUGCUAGACUUGAGAGAAAAACAGAAGAACAGCAGGUCAGACUUAAUGAAGCAGAAAAAAAAUACAAGGACAUUCAAGAUAAACUAGAAAAGAUUAGUCAAGAGACAAAUGCACGAGCACCAGAAUGUAUGGCAUUGAAAGCAGAUCUUACUUCUAAGAAAGGGGCCUAUAAUGAAGCUGAGGUUUUAUACAACCGUUCCCUAAAUGAGUAUAGAGCAUUAAGGAAAGAUGAUGAGCAGCUCUGCAAAAGAAUUGAAGAACUGAGAAAAAGUGCUGAUCAGUCUUUGGAACCUGAACGGUUGGAAAGGCAAAAAAAAAUAUCUUGGUUAAAAGAGAGAGUAAAGGCCUUACAAGAUCAAGAAAGUUCAGUCAAUCAAGAUAUCGAACAAUUUCAGCAAGCCAUAGAAAAGGACAAAGAAGAACAUACCAGAAUUAAGAGUGAAGAGUUAGAUGUGAAGAAUACACUGAACUAUAAUCAGAGGCAGCUGAAAGAAUUGAAGGAUAGUAAAACUGAUCAACUGAAAAGAUUUGGCCCUCAUGUUCCAGCUCUUCUUGAAGCCAUAGAUGAUGCCUACAGACGGGGGCAUUUUACCUAUAAACCUGUAGGCCCUUUAGGAGCUUGCAUUCAUCUUCGAGACCCUGAGCUUGCUUUGGCUAUUGAAUCUUGCUUAAAAGGACUUCUGCAAGCCUAUUGUUGCCACAAUCAUGCUGACGAAAGAGUGCUUCAGGCACUGAUGAGAAGGUUUUACUCACCAGGGACCUCACGGCCACAGAUAAUAGUUUCUGAGUUUCAGAAUGAGAUGUAUGAUGUAAGACACAGAGCUGCUCAUCAUCCAGAGUUCCCGACGGUUCUGACAGCUUUAGAAAUAAAUAAUGCAGUUGUUGCAAAUAGCCUAAUUGACAUGAGAAGCAUAGAGACAGUGCUCCUAAUCAAAAAUAAUUCUGUAGCUCGUGCAGUAAUGAACAAAAAGCCACCCAAGAAUUGUAGAGAGGCUUUCACUGCUGAUGGUGAUCAAGUUUUUGCAGGGCGUUAUUAUUCAUGCAAUAAUAAAAGACCUAAGUUUCUAAGCAGAGAUGUGGAUUCUGAAAUAAGUGACUUGGAGAAUGAGGUUGAAAAUAAGAAAGCCCAGAUAUUAAAUCUUCAGCAACAUUUGUCUGCCCUUGAAAAGGAUAUUAACUGCAAUGAAGAACUUCUUAGAAGGUGCCAACUACAUUAUAAAGAGUUAAAGGUGAAAAUAAGAAAAAGUAUUUCUGAAAUUCGGGAACUUGAGAAUAUAGAAGAACACCAGUCUGUAGAUAUUGCAACCUUGGAAGAUGAAGCCCAGGAAAAUAAAAUCAAGAUGAAAAUGGUUGAGAAAAAUAUGGAACAACAAAAAGGAAAUAUGGAACAUCUUAAAAGUCUGAAAAUAGAAGCAGAAAACAAGUAUGAUGCAAUUAAACAGAAAAUUACUCAGCUGUCAGAGCUUGCAGAUCCACUUAAGGAUGAAUUAAACCUUGCUGAUUCUGAAGUGGAUAACCAAAAACGAGGGAAACGGCAUUAUGAAGACAAGCAAAAAGAACACUUGGAUACUUUAAAUAAAAAGAAACGAGAACUAGAUAUGAAGGAAAAAGAACUAGAGGAGAAAAUGUCACAAGCAAGACAGAUCUGCCCUGAGCGGAUAGAAGUGAAAAAAUCUGCAUCAAUUCUAGACAAAGAAAUUAAUAGAUUAAGACAGAAGAUACAGGCAGAACAUGCUAGUCAUGGAGAUCGAGAGGAAAUAAUGAGGCAGUAUCAAGAAGCAAGAGAAACCUAUCUUGAUCUGGAUAACAAAGUAAGGACUUUAAAAAGGUUUAUUAAAUUACUGGAAGAAAUAAUGACCCAUAGAUAUAAAACAUAUCAACAAUUUAGAAGGUGUUUGACUUUACGAUGCAAAUUGUACUUUGACAAUUUAUUGUCUCAGCGGGCAUAUUGUGGAAAAAUGAAUUUUGACCACAAGAAUGAAACUCUUACUAUAUCAGUUCAGCCUGGAGAGGGAAACAAAGCUGCUUUCAAUGACAUGAGGGCCUUAUCUGGCGGAGAACGUUCUUUUUCCACGGUUUGCUUCAUUCUUUCCCUGUGGUCCAUUGCUGAAUCUCCUUUCAGAUGCCUGGAUGAGUUUGAUGUCUACAUGGAUAUGGUUAACCGGAGGAUCGCGAUGGACAUGAUACUCAAGAUGGCAGACUCCCAGCGCUUCAGGCAGUUCAUCUUGCUUACCCCUCAAAGCAUGAGUUCACUUCCAUCAAGUAAAUUGAUUAGAAUUCUUCGAAUGUCUGAUCCUGAAAGAGGACAAACUACGUUGCCUUUCCGACCUGUGUCUCAAGAAGAAGAAGACCGGAGUUGAUGUGUGACAACGCACCAUGUCCUCUUGUUGAAAGACGUGUAAAGGGAAAAACGUUCAGGACUAUUUGAAAUAAAACAAAACUGAAGAUAUUCUAAAAUUACAGUUACUUUACUUUGAGAAAAUCAAUUUCAUAGUACUGGUUUUAAAUCUUUUUAAGUUUGUUUGUUUUUUAUUUUAACCAUCUACUUUUAUAGAUUCUUUUUCAGAAGUUUAAAAUUUUGUACAUAUGUACAUGUACAUAUCUGUUUAGUUUGGGUUCAUUUCUAUAGUAUUUUGUAAGAAUUAAAAUAAACAUUUGAGCACCUGGUUAUAUUUAGUUUUGCUUUUCCAGAAUAUUACAUUAUUCUCAUCGCAGGGGACAGGGCAGUGCACAGGUAGGCUGUGGACAGGGACCGGUUUACAGUAGGUUUACUGUCUGUUUUGUGCUUAUUAAUGAGUAGGGACCUACACAGGACUUAUAGAAACUUUGGUCACAAUUUCUGCGCAGGUCAUUUUUAACCCUAGAGAUACAACUACAGAAUUGGACUGCAGUUUUAAUUAUUGUGUUUCAUCACAUUUAAGAUCCUCUCCGUUAAGGCACAUUCUGGGAGCACUAAAGCACUGCCAACUCGGACACAGUGCCUUCCUCUCAGUCCCUUAACCAUCAUCCACCCAACUAAGUGUCCAACCCGUGGUGGAACUGGGUUAUGACCCACUCAGGCACCCUGACCUGCAGCGUGCUUGCUUGCUUUAAAGCCCUUCGGUUUGCAGUCCAAAGCCUCUCAAGCUCUGGCUCAGCCGAGAGAGGACACAGGCCAGAGGGACUGUGCAGGGCAGGCUGAGGAGAAGGGCUGGGAGAUUGGGGUGGAGGGCAGCUCCUGCUGGCACAGAGAAGUAGCUGGGAGCCAGAGGCCCAGCUGCUGAUGGGGAGUUGGUGUUAAUUGUAAGACAUCUUGAUUUACAGUUGUUAAAAAGUGUGCUUCUUAGAAUGAUAAAAUACAGCCUAUUGAGAGCAAUGGUGUUUAUGAACUUUUUUUUAAAGAAAACAUGAGUUGAACUCCUGCUUGUAUUCUCUAUGUUUGAUACUAUGAUUAGUGUUAACCUUUAUAAAAAGAUGUGGAUAUCCAAUAAGAAGAAUUCCCUAUAUUGCUAGCAAUAAAUAUUUAUGAAAUUGAAAAGGAAGUAUUUUAAGAAAAAAGGCAGUAUUUUAAAAGCAGCGCUUCUGUAGUUAGUGAGAAAAACUGGAUUUUGUUUUUGGCGAGGGGAAGGAGUCUAGUUUAGUCCUAAGUUGAGAUCAAUUGGUAAAGUCCAAAAACUGUGCUUUUCUAAUCUAAGAAUUUACAGAAAGAGGAAAUGUGUGCUGAAUGUUUUAAACAUUCCCCACUGACAAUACAAAGUCUGAUUUUUUUAAAGUUACGUUUAUAAUUCAUUUGUAUCAAAACUAUUUUAACAUACAUGUGCUUUUUCAAAUAAAAAAAAUGAAGUAGAAUAUACCAAAUGUAUAAACUUUUAUUAGCUAAACAGUUUCAGUGUCUGAAUUUUUGUGGCAGUUUUUUAAUGUUAUGGUUCUUAAUGCAGAAUGGGAAGUAGAAUCCUCAGGUAUCCAGGCAUCUCUUGUUGAGCUGAAGAGUAUUCAUUGCUUUGGCCUCACUGUUUUGAUUUCAACUAUCAUUAAGUGAAAAUAUUUUCAAUUAAUAUUCUAAUUAAUGGUAAUAUUAAUUAGAAUAAAAAGAAAUUGCUUUUUUGAAAUAUGUGUAACUUCUAAAAAUAAAACUUUAUAUGUAUUUAAAGUCAUGCUUUUGUGAAUUGGGGAAGGUAUUAUAAUUGACAUAAUCAAGCCUCCUUGUGAGUAGUGACUUAAAUACCUCAUACAAAUGACUCUUCCGCCCCUGGUUUAUCAUCAGGGCAGCUGUGACUGAACUGAGUCAUGAAGUCCU